AUGAAGCCCCUUGCCCUUCUCAGUGUUCUUUAUCCCGUUGUCAUUCGGGCUGUCCCCGGUGAUCCAUGCUCUGCCGCCAAUGGCUACGGAGACGACUGCAUCUGUGUUACCACUGAAAUCUGCCAGCAGUACGAGGGCAACGCCAUCACUGGAUCUCGAGGCAAAUACCCUUGCCCAAAUGACCCGGCAAAUGUCAUUGGCUGUGUAGUCAAGCCCUGCCACAACAGGAGCGGUAACACGCAGUGCCUCUGGAGGAAGGCAUGUGAUAAUGAAAUGAAAGUCGCUUCUUGCCCCGGCGGCAAAGACUUUAUCUGCUGCAACCAUCAUCUUGAUGCCGUUGGUCUCUCGAAUUCUGCUAAAACUGGUUCCGCCAUCACCAGUUCUGGAGACACCCAGACUUCUACGACUCCUGCGACAACUACAACAAAGAGCAAGACUUCUAUUACAAAUACGAGCAGUUCAGAGACGACAGCACCCAUCGCUUCGUUGACUUCUGCCCCGAAUACGUCAACCAAAUCCCCUGUUGGGUCGUCGCAUACCACUGCUCCUGCGACUACUACUUCCCGUGCCGCUGGCACCUCAACUAGUAUUGCUAUUUCAGAGCUUUUGGGCGGCCUGGCCGCACUGUUUGCUGCCUUGAUCUAA